UUGCUAGGUUUUUGGUGGGAGAAGAAGAAAAUGGCAAUGAGAAACCAAAGAAUAUUGGUGUUUCUUGUGGUCGUCGUCCUUCCACUUCUAGUGUCUGUGUGUUCGUCCGCUCCUUCUCCGCCACCACCACCACCACAGCAAAAGAAGUUGAUGUGGCAUUACUACAAAGUCACUAACACAUGCCGCGACGCUGAACUUUAUGUCCGGCACCAAGUCAAGUUGCAUUGGGACAAAGAUAAAAGCAUCACCGCUAAGCUUCUCCGGUUGCUCUACUCUGAUUGCUUCGUAACUGGUUGUGAUGCAUCAGUGCUGCUAGAUGGUCCAAACUCGGAGAAAACUGCACCACAGAAUUCGGGACUGGGAGGUUUUGUUUUCAUCGACCGGAUCAAAAAGGUUCUUGAACAACGGUGCCCCGGUGCCGUCUCUUGUGCUGAUCUUCUCAACCUUGCCACCAGAGAUGCUGUUGCUUUGGCAGGUGCACCAUCUUAUCCUGUGUUUACGGGACGAAGGGACGGGCUAACAUCAAGCAAGUCAUCAGUCGACCUUCCCUUACCCUCCAUUUCAUGGCAAGCUUCACUUGAAUACUUCAAAUCCAGAGGGUUGAAUGUGUUGGAUAUGACUACCCUACUAGGUUCACAUUCAAUGGGCAAAACUCAUUGUCGCUACAUUUUGGAUCGGCUCUACAAUUUUAAGGGAACAAAAAAGCCAGACCCAAACAUGGAUCCCUCAUUCUUAUCCUCCAUGAGAAAGCUAUGUCCACCAAAAACACAAAAGGGACAGACCGACCCGCUGGUGUACUUAAACCCUCAAUCAGGAUCCCAUUAUAAUUUCACAGAAUCCUACUACUCCAGAGUUCUAUCCAAGAAAGCUGUGCUGGGAAUCGACCAGCAGCUACUGUUUGGUGAAGAUACAAAAGAUAUCACCGAUGAGUUUGCUGCUACUUUCGAAGAUUUUCGAAGGUCAUUUGCUUACUCAAUGAGCAGAAUGGGAGCUAUCAAGGUUUUGACAGGUGACCAGGGAGAGAUACGCCAGAAUUGCCGAGUUCCAAACCACUAAGAUGAAGUUGGCAUCUGAUAA